UACAGUAACAGAUGGACUUAGAGGGAUUACAUGGAUUUGGGAUGGGUCUGUGACACAAAUUCCCAAGAAAGACAGAAAAAGGAGGAGUGUGGCGGGGGACUCACAUUUGUCCUGGAGCAUGAGAGAGAGUGGGAAAGGAGGAUAAAGAGAGAGAGGAGCAUCUGGCUGGAGAGGUAAGGGUCAUAACUGAUCAUUCUGACAAAGGGGUAUUAGAGAGCGGAGUAGUGCAGAGUACUUGGGUUAAACCAGGGAUGACAAAAAUACCAAAAAAUGUGUGCAAAGUUAUUGCUUGGUCAACAUGAAUGCCUCAGCAUAUCGGAGAGGGCCGAUGAAAAAUAUGAAGGAGGAUAGGAAGGAAAGAUUGUGAUGGAGGAAAAUAAAAGACGGCAGUAGAAAGAUUGCAUUGUAGUGAUGGAUGUUGUCUCAAAAUAGACCUCUGCUUCUUCUGUAGUGAGGCAACGAUGCAGUUUUGAUUUGGUGCCAAAUUUCAGGCUAAGAAUUAGUAGUUCUUAGAACUGAAUAAGCUGUUAAGAGUUUGGCAUGGAGAAAAGAAUGAUGUACUUCCUGAUGCGUUCUGUAUAGUUGUUUAUAUAUCUUGUACUGUCCAGUCCUUCCUUUAAAAAAUACAAAAAUUGCAACUGAAAUGACUGAAAGAGAAUGUUGCUGUUGGUAACUGAGGAUUAUAGGGAAAAUCACAUUUUAUUGGUCUCAUACACAUUUUUAGCAGAUGUUAUUGUGGGUGUAGCGAAAUGCAGGUAUAGUGAAAUGGCACUGGGUUUUUAACGUACUGUAGGUCAUUUUGUGUUUAGCAUUUUUUAUUGUUGAUUCUUUGCCCAUUUGUUAUGCCAAUGGAUUUCAGUUUAUUGUUGAUUCAUUGCCCAUUUGUUAUGCCAAUGGAUUUCAGUUUACUGUUGAUUCAUUUUCCCAUCUGUUAUGCCAAUGGAUUUCAGUUUACUGUUGUUUCAUUGCCCAUUUGUUAUGCCAAUGGCUUUCAGUUUACUGUUGAUUCAUUGCCCAUUUGUUAUGCCAAUGGAUUUCAGUUUACUGUUGAUUCAUUGCCCAUUUGUUAUGCCAAUGGAUUUCAGUUUAUUGACUGCUGCAGACUGUGUUGGGUAUUAAACCUGAAUAUAAUGGCCUAUGUAAACAAUACCUGCAAAUCUGAAACGUUUUUCACCAGACAUAGCUGCAGAAAGUAGUUUGGGGGUGCGGGUUUUUGCCUGCGUUACAGGCGGCUAUGUCAGUACUAGUUUUUCUAGUUCUGUAUUAGUGGACUAUUUCAUUCAACUUUUUUUUAAUUCUGAUUUUUCACGGGGUCCUGCAGCACACUCAGCACCCAUACUUCCCACUGAGACUGACUUGAAGAUUCUAGUGAUAUUACAGUGAUUGGCAGUCAUACUAACUGGUUAAUCUGUCCUGUGUUAACAUUGCAGGGAUCGCAAACAGUGUGAGAGAGAGACCAGGAGAGAGAGCCAGAGUGGGUUUCACACUCUAACACACCUAACACAAACAGAUUAGAGCAGAUUAACAUGGAUUACCAGAAAAAUGAUUUAGAUCAGAGGUUUAACUAAUGAUUUCAUCAAAAAAAGUAAUCUACAUUUUAUUCCUUCCAUCUUUUUCCUCCUCUACUUUAAGUCGUGAGGAGGAUGCCGUGAGAGGUAGAGGCAGGCCAGAACCUCUUAAUCAGGAAGUAGAAAGUUAAUAACGGGGUGCAGGUCACAGAACGUUAUGGAUUACUAAUACCUCCAGAACCAUAUGCAAACACACAGUGAACUCUUGGACUUGUACGACCCGUCACCCUGAGCAUUACUGUGAGUAAGAUAUACUGUAUCUGCCCUAAGAUGUGAUCAUACGGAAAACACUUGUACGCCAAAGCAAAAUGUAUUCCAAUAAUCUCUCCAUUUGAUGAUACGUUUUACGGCUGGAUCUGAUAGUAUCUGUAUCAACUCUGUAUGAUCAAAACUCACUGUAGGACUAGAGUGAAAAGUUAGGCGACAGAGAUCUAGAUAGCGUAUCCGAUAGCUCUCUAAGGUUUAUGAUGAAAGGCGGCUAGGGACUAGUGAUCUAUUGACUCCCAUUACUGUUGAAUGGUUAGAGUGAAGAGCCCUAGGAAUCUAUUACAGCAUAAACCUUCAGUCCUGGUUGGACAGACAUGUCCUCCUACCAUCCCUUUCUUUUCUCCUGGUGUGACCCCUCUCCUCUGUUCAUUUGUCCAUUCUGUCCAUCUCUUAUUUUCCAUCCCUCUUUUAACUUGACAGAAUCUUAUCCGACUCUCUCUCUUUCACCUUCUCUCUCUAUUCUUGCUUUCCCUUUGUCCCCAUUUUCUAAUCUUUUCUCUACAUUGUUUUUAUCUUCUCUUGUUUUUUUACUCUGUUCUUUCUUUUUGAAACUCUCUUUCACUGAUUUCAAUCUAUCACCAGAACUGUCAUCAUCUUCUUCAUCAUCCUCUACAUCACCAACAACAACUUCAUCCUCACAUACUGCUUUUGAUACUUAUAUCCCAUCUUCCUCUGUUUGUCCAUCUGUCUUUCUUCAUCCUCUUCUUCUCCUUCCCCUGCCCUGAGUCUCUACACACUUCCUCUCCUCCCGCCCUAUCCCUCCUUCUUGACCUUCUCUUACCCUCUCCCCUCCUCCCAGUGUGGCCAUGUUGGAGAACAUGUCUCGUCGGUCCCGCUCCCUGCUGUCCCUGACCCUGACCACUCUGGCUCUGGCCCUGUCCAUCCUGGCUCUCUGCACCUCCUACUGGUGUGAAGGGACUCACAAGGUGGUCAAGCCUCUCUGCCUGUCUCCAGUCAAGAUGAGGAACUGUGGGCAGAACAACAGUGAACCCUACACCACAGAGAGCCCUACUCAGAACCCAUACAACAGAACCCUGUCUCCCCAGAGGAGAGAUGAACUGGCUAAGAUCCGCCAGAGACAGCUGGACAAUGCUGUCCACUACAUCUGGGAGACAGGAGAGGACAAGUACACCUUCAGAUACUUCCACACUGGCUUCUGGGAGAGCUGUGAGAAACAUGUUGAUGGUGAGAAGUGUCGCAGCUUUAUUGAGCUGACUCCUGGUGAAACACAAGGUGUGUUAUGGCUAUCGGUGAUAUCUGAGUUCACUUACAUCGGUCUAUUGGGAAUGGGCUUUCUGUUGAUGUGGUUGGAGUUGUUGUGUUCCCAUAAGGAGAUACACGCUCUCAAAAUCAACGCCUAUGCUGCCAUCUGCACCGUACUGUCAGGUCUGAUGGGGAUGGUGGCCCACAUGAUGUACACCACAGUGUUCCAGAUGACUGUCAUCGUUGGCCCUAAAGACUGGAGGCCUCAGACCUGGGACUACGGCUGGUCAUUCGCCCUGGCGUGGAUCUCCUUCAGCUGUUGUAUGGGAGCUGCAGUCUUCACCCUCAACUCUUACACCAAGACCAUCAUCGAGCUGCGCCACAAACAGAGGCUCCGAUUGGAGGAGACCCGCGCCGCCAGCCACGCCCCUCCAUACGAUGAGGUGGUCCCCGGGGGCGGGCUCUACUCUGUCAGCGGCCUAUUGCAGUGCCCAGACGGGAUGAUUGACGUGGCGUGGGCGCCUGACGGAACUGUGAUGGGGGUGGGGAACGGGGAUGUCCCAACUCUUGUGUUGCUAGGAGGAUGUGGGCCAGAGGGCUGUGAGGACUGUGAAAGAGAGAUGGAUGAGAUGGAGGAGGCCAUGGAGAGGGAAAGAGCUGAUUCGCCCUGUUAAUAAGUGAUGGGUGGGGCUAAAGAGAACAGAGGAGGACUAUGGGUAAUGUAGUCACUUUACAGGUACAGUAUAUGCACCUUGAGCUCUCAAGAUGGAAAGACUGAGACAGAGAAAGAGUGAGACAGAACUUGAUGGACAUGGGACACAGGAACUGUGUUGGCUGUAAGAGCUACAGUAUCCCCUCUUUGACAUUGAACAGAGAUCACCUUGACAUACAUGGUUCGGGCUAACACUCCUCACAUUGUCAUUCAUUAAUACAAUAGUGCCUAAUGGUAAGGGAUUGUUAUACAGUAUUGUUAUACAGUAUGUAUGUAAAUGUAUCCAUGUUAGAAAUAGUUUUACCAUAAGAAUCCAAUACUUUCUGAACUUUGUAAAACAUGCUUUUCACUUCGUCUGAAUGGGUCCCGUUCUGAAUCUGUAAAAUAAACAAUAAUCUCUGUGUCAA